AUGGACAACGAAGUCCCUCUGCCUCCGCCCCGACGGCUACAGCUUCGUUCACCUGCAGGUGCCGGCCGCUCGCCUUCGGGGUCGGUCGCAUCAUCCUUUCGCAAGGCGCGCCGGCUGUCGCGUUUCGAUGACCGCUCAAGUCAGCCAUCAAGCGAUCAACCGCUCUUUUCCAGCGAUGACAUCCCGGCCUCGGGGCUGGAAAACUACAAUGCGCCAGUUUCUAGCUCAGGGCGCAAACGACGGUAUCGCGGGACCUGGUGGGGAGAACAGGUUCAGGAUCCGAAGCGCAAGAGAGCAGAUUUCAAGGAGAAGCGCAAUGUUGAUAGUGGUGUUUGGAUGGGCAGCGACGAGUCUGGCGCUGAUUCGAAUUUGGCGUCUGAAGAUUCCCCAGCUUGGGGAGAGGAUCUUCUGAAGGCGGUGUUGGACCCGAGGGCGCCGGGCAAGUCUUCUGGUGAAUCUUCCAAUGAAAGGGGUCCCGUACCAGUGCAUACGCAGUCUCGAUCGAUUGCUGUUAACGGACAGGAGGAAUCAAAGGAGCACCAUUUUGCGAGAAAGGUGGUUAACGACUGCCUCGAAAAAGGCGAGGAGAGCAUCGAUCUCGGAAACAUGAACAUGAGGAUUGUUCCGAGAGAUAUUCUUCAAUCACUUCAGCACUUGACGAAGCUUCCCUCGGUACUAGAGCCUCCGAUAUCCGAGAAUGCCUACUUCUCACUACGACCUUUUCUCCGCAUCUAUCUUCCUAAUAACUCCUUGACGACACUCCCCAGGGAACUUUUCGAGUUAAGCGACCUAAGAGUGCUCAGCUUGCGUAACAACAAGCUCACUUCCAUUCCACCGACGAUUCGGGAUCUCACAGGUCUCCAAGUCCUAAAUCUCUCUGUUAACCGUCUCAACUAUCUUCCGUGGGAGCUCUUGGGUCUUCUCCAAAAGGAUGAACUGAAACACUUCACGCCACGCCCAAAUCCAUUCCCAUCGAUCGAGGAGGCCAGUAUUGCCGAGUGGCAUCGUCAACCCAACGAGGACGAGAAAGAAAAAGAGAAAGAGAAAGAGCAAGACGAAGAGGAUUAUGAUGAUACCUGCGAACUCGAAGUGCAUGAGCUCCCAAUUCUUUUCACAGAAUAUGAAGGUGCUCCUCCUGAAGAUGCCUGGGGCGUUAUCCACGUAGCCACGGGCCCAACGACAUUUUACAAUAUGGAUGGAAAGCCCAUCGACGAUGCCUCUUCAUCUUCCGGAUCAACGACAGCAACGCAAAAACUGCCUGGCCUCGACUUGAUCACCGACGAGGAGAAGCGUGAGUUCCCGUCCUUGUUGAUCCCGCUGCUGGACCUUGCACAAGGUGUUCGUGCAGAUGGUGGUUGGUACUGCUCCGUGUGUCAGCGGGAAUUCGUGAGCCGUCGGACUGAAUGGGUGGAAUGGUGGGAUUGCACUCCCCAUGAGAACGGUAUGAAGCGACCGCGGGCUUCUGGCGAGAAACUGCGCCCCCUACCUUUCAAACGAUAUGGCUGUAGUUGGACCUGUGUGCCGACCUCGCAACGUGCAGAAUAG